AUGGCCAAUGCAACACCUAUUCGAACAUCGCCCGAUAGAACCAGCAUGAGCAGUAUGGGCCCACUAGCGAUGGAAGUCGGUAACGUAACUGACACCUACACUACAGAAGACGAGAUGAAGGAGGAUCAUUCAGAAGAAGCUGAGGCUGCCAAGGCAAAAGUCGUUCAGUUUGCUGUGCCCGAGGAGGAGAAGCCGGAAGCGGCCGAGAAGCAACCAGAGGUGUCCAAGGAGCAGCCAGCAGCGGUCAGGGAACACCUGGAGGCGACCAAAGAGCAGCCGAAGCAAGAACCCGAACCGAACCUCGAGAUCCUUAAGCCGCAACCUCAGCCAAGGGGGAACAUUCCCGUACCUACCGAGGAUGGUGCGCCAUCACCAAAAGUCCGCAAAAUACUUCUGCCGCCAGAAGAAGUACAACGGGAAGAAGAAGUGCCAGUUCAUGCCGAAAAGGCCUUGAACGGCUUCAGGGAGACUGCAAUCGAUGAGCCAACGAUAACGGUCGCCUUUGCACGGCCAACUACGGUCACUAUGAGCGUCGAAGAGGAUCUUAGCAGUGCUGCUGAACCACCGCCUAAGCCCUUGCCACCAUCAGUGGAUGAAAUGGAACAGGUAUACAACAGUUUGGACAAUAUCGAGGAGGCGUUGGCGGCUGAUGAGCGGUAUCCCAUGGAGGGAAUCGAGGACUUCGAGGAGAGAUAUGGGGUGCGGCAGACUUUCAAAUUUGUUGAAAUAGCUUUAUUGUGA